UGUAAGAUAAACUGUGAGAAGUCAUGGUCAUGAACACAUCAGGUAGAAUGGAUAGACUACCAUACAUCCAUCUGCUGAUAUGUUGCUGUUUUACCUUUGUCUGCAUCUCUGGAAAAGGUAAUGACAUCUCUUCAUGUGCAGUGAUGGUCCGAAGCGGCGCGACAUAUAAAACUGUCCCACAACACAAUGUGACGGUCAGCUGUCCCGUCAAACACUGUGGAGAACCAAUCAAAGUCACCUGGUGUAAACUGGACACAGCAAUCAAAUGGGAUCAGAUUAAAUACAAAGAGAAUAUAGAAAUAACACAGACUGACACUAAGGAUGGACUCAUCUCAUAUCUGACCUUUACACGGAUUACCUCUCAGGACGACGGCCUGUACAGAUGUUCUGUAAAAGGAUACAAGUCUGAGCAGAUCAGUCACAGCAUCAACGUCUCAGUGUCAGAUUCAAACACGGACAUACAUGUACAUGACUUGGACUAUAGCGCAGAUGAGCUACCAAGCUCUGCUUCUGCUGCUGUUGCCGAUGCCGGUGAGGAUGUGUCAUGGCUGCCCUACUUCUACAUCUGUGUUGGCAUAGCUCUUCUGGUUUUCACGCUGAUAGUGUUAACCAUGCUGGAUUCUUAUGGCUGGAAACGAAUAAUGACCUUCCACCACACAAAGGGAACGGCAUUGCAGGAAAGGUCCAGUCAGAUGAUACCCAACCUCCCCAGUGCGAGUGCUCCUUCCACUUUUUACUUACAUGACAUCAACUACUCUCCUGCGGAAAGACCACCAUCACACCCCCACCCAUCACACCCUCCCCUGAGGACCAAUGGGGAGCAGCCUGCUGCGGCAAACACAGCGGCUGAAGGUCAAGUGUCAGACCACGCAGUGUAUGCAGCCGUCACACACAGGUCUCAGAUACCUGCCGGAGAACAGGAUGCUGUGACGAAAAAGAACGCAGAGUAUGCUGCCAUCAAUGUUUCCUGAACAUUUUGGAUUUGUCAUAGCAUGGCAUGCAGAGGGAAACAUGGAUGGAACAUUUUACAGUUAUGUGUUGGUGUCAUGGAACAGCAAUCAACCUCAUCGCAGAAGAGGUUAACAGAGGAGGCUUGUGGUCCCGCAGAUGCACAGCACACUCACUCACACUCAGAGCACACUCACGUUAAAUGAACAGCGCGAAACCACAGGCAGCAUUGUUUUUUUUUUACACCCUCAGGUUUGUUCCAGGCAAGGCUGCUUUCUUGUCAUUUUUCUUCAGAUGUUUUCCCCUAAAGUCAUUGUAUUUCCGUGACUUAUAGGGCUUUUUCUACUCAAUGACCCUUUGUUGGCCAACGCUUUGGUAGUUUGUAUAAAAAAAGCCAUAGUGGCAAAGAUGUG